ACAUCUAUUGGACUAUUAACAAAAAAAAAAAAAAAAAGUAGAAACAAACAAUAAAAAUCAAGAGAGAUCGAAGAAAUGGGUUUUAGUGAGAAACAAGAAGCAUUGGUGAAGGAAUCAUGGGAGGUCAUGAAGCUAGACAUUCCUACCCUUAGUCUCCAUCUUUACAAAGAGAUAUUGGAUAUAGCUCCAGAGGCAAAAGGAUUGUUUUCAUUUCUUAAAGAUACAAACGAGAUCCCCCAAAAUAACCCCAAGCUCAAGUCACAUGCUGUCAAAGUUUUCAAGAUGGUAUGUGAGGCAGCAAUUCAACUAAGGGAAAAAGGAGAAGUGGUGAUUUAUGGUUCUACACUUAAGGCAUUGGGAUCUGUUCAUGUACAAAAAGGAAUCACUGACCCUCAUUUUGAGAUAGUGAAAGAAGCAGUGAUAAGAACAGUGAAGAAGGCAAUGGGGGAGAAAUGCAAUGGAGAGAUGAAAGAUGCAUGGAGUGAAGCUUAUGAUCAGCUGGCUGCUGCUAUCAAAACUGAAAUGAAAAAAGAGACUACGUGUGCUGCUUAAUUAAUCCAGUUGUUUAAUUAAAGCAAGUUGAUUAAUUAGUUGUGUAAUAUGCAAAGCUUUUCAUUUAUAUUUUUUUUCUAUUUACAUGCACUAUAUGAUGAAACAUAGAGUGUGCUUUCAAAUAUUGUUAUUUUCAGGUUUUGUUGGUCUUAAUUAAAUCUACAAUACUGAUCAUGUUUGCUCUUA